AUGGCGUUCUCACUUAAUUUUGCUUUUGCUCAGAUACCUCCCACGAUUAACGUGCUCAAGUUAUGGGAAAGGAAUUACUGUGAAAGUCUUGAAAUCAAUCCAGAUUUCCUGGCCAGGUUCAAGAAUUUAAAAAGUUUAGAGCUGAAUGGGUUUGUGAGGCUGGUAGAGCUGUAUGAAGGAUUUGGACUUCUAAGCAAACUGGUGGAGCUAGACUUAAUUCAAUGCGGUUUGUUAGAACUGCCAAAGAGUUUGGGUCAAUUGAAGUCAAUGCGGGCCUUGAAUUUGAGCAGUUGCAGCGGGCUUAAAGAACUUCCAGAAAGUAUCGGGGAACUAGAGUGUUUGGAGACUUUGAGUUUAGACGGUUGUAGCAACUUAAAGCAUUUGCCCUGGAGUUUUAAUAGGUUGAAAUCUCUCAAGUAUGUCUCUCUAAGACAUUGCCAAAGUUUGCAAGACCUUCCUGAAGGCUUUGGAUUGUUGCAGUGCCUGCAAAACCUUGAUCUGUCAUUUUGCGAGGGUAUAAAAGUACUGCCAAGCACCUUUCACCAACUUUCCUCGCUCCGCUUCUUGUACCUGAUUUGGUGCGACUCUUUACGCCAUCUCCCCGAUGAUUUGGGAGACUUAACAUCUCUAGUUAAAUUGGAGAUAUUUUGUCGGAGAUUGGAGAGGCUUCCUAACAGUAUAGGACAACUCAAGUCGUUGUCAAGCUAUAUGAUUAUGUACCAAUGUUUUAAAUUGAAACAACUGCCUGAAGAAAUUUGUGACUUAAACCUAGAACUCCUAGAACUUCCCGAUUGCUUUGGGCUGGAGAGGCUUCCGGAACGAUUUGCAGAAUUGAAACGUCUCAAACAUUUGAGAUUGUGUACUUGUAAAAGUUUAGUGAGACUCCCCACUGGCUUUGGCACGCUUCCAGCUCUGGAAGAGCUAAAUUUAAACGCUUGUAUCAAGUUGGAGGAGCUGUGCGGCGACUUUGAUUGCCUGCCUUCGUUAAAGAAACUCCAUCUGAGCAGGUGUAAAGUUUUGAAAGGGGUAUGGAUGGAUACCGUCAUUAAUUGUAGGGCCCUAAACUAUGUGGAUAUUAGGGGGUGUUUCCAGCUACAAAGUCGAUGGACAGAGCUAAGAAAAGUAAAAGAUUGGGAAAUUUUGGUAAAUACAGAGGAGGGUGACGAGGAUGGACGCUUGUUGAGGAAGGCGGCAUCAAUGUUUUUCAACGAUGAGUGUCUUCUUUUUGAUUGCCAAGGAUGCGAAUUCAAGCCCUCUACUCUCCUUCCAAAAACCAGGCUAGUUUUUGUUUUUGAAUGGAAUAUUUCCAGAGAUCCCUGGAAACAGUUUAUGGAAAAUAUUGAAGGUCUGUUAAAGGAAAGUACCAAUUUCCAAAUAAUUUAUUUUAGAAAAGGCUAUCCUGUAGCUGACGGGUUUAUUCAAGCGUCAAUUGAGAGGCUAGAAGGAAUAACGUUGGGGAUACCUUGUGACUACUCCAGAGUAAGUUUGGCUUUUGAGACGUUACUUUCACAAAUCAUAGGCCCCAGUUACAUUUACGGCAGUCCUGACUAUGCCAUUACCACGACUGUGAUGGAAGUGGAAGGCACUAAACAGUUUUCUAGAUGGGAAAAUAUAUCAAAUCUGUUCAAUGAGAGGAACUUCAAAUCAGAGAAUUACAUUCGUAUCAAAGAACUGUCAGAAGUUGCACAAAAGAACAAUAUUGAAUUACUAAGAUCAUUGCUAAUGACACAAGGCAAAGACUUUAUCCUGAGCAAUUCAAAACAGGUGAGCAUUGACAGUUUGCAAGAUAAAAUGGUUCUCUUCUUAAUCUCAAAACUGCAAAUUUUUCCAACGGAGUUUUGUGCUCUGAAAGAGAUGUACAUUGAAACCUGUGGCAGCCAUCAGUUCGAAAUUGUUUGGAUGCCAAUUGUGGAUCCUUAUCAUGAUACCUGGGGUCCUUAUGUUAGAACUAUGGAAAAUAUGCCAUGGCCGGCAAUGGGAGAUCCUUGGUCCAUAGAACCAGCGGUACUGAAGUUUGUCAAAGAAGACCUUAACUUUCAAAACAGUGCUUUGCUGAUUGUGGUUGACGACAAGGGGAAAAUUAGUAAUCACAAUUUCAAGGAAACGAUAGAGAGGUGGGGAGUGGAGGCCUAUCCAUUCACUUACGAGAAGCUGGACAAACUGAGGAAGGCACAGUUGGAUGAACUUAAGGCAAAAUCAAGUGUAGAAGCUCUCUUCAAGAAUUUUGACUGUUCUUUGCAGGUGAAAAAAUCUUUUCAUCAAGGCCAGCAGAUAUGCUUAUAUGGUGGAGAUCCUAUGCAAAUUGUAGAUUUUACGCAAACAUUGACCUCAUCCGGGUUUAGUGCUAGUGUUCCAAUCAUUUAUGUUGGGAGGAGACAUGCUGAAGCAGAGAACUUAAAUUCUGAAGAAGGAUUACAUGAGAGAAACAGACAAGGCAUGCACUGGUUGAGCUUAUCCUAUGUGGAUGCCUGGAAAUUCUGGCAACGUGUUGACUAUUUGUUGGAGGAGCUGAUAGCUGCAGAUGAGAGUGAAAAUCUGGCAAAAUACAGAGUAUCAUUGGGCAUUCUUUCACUUAAUAAUAGAUCAAUGAGAGGGGUGUGGAUGACAAUGGUUGAUGAAAGUGGAGAGGUGAUGAGUGAAAGUAACAGAGAGAAACUAGUGCAGCAGUUGAAUAAGGGCCAAGAAUGCCAUAUGGAUAUGCUUAUGGAAGGAAUCAGCUGCGGAGAGGUUGAGGAGUUGUUAAAAGAGAGAUUUGAACAUGGUUUGUUUCCCCAAGAGCACCAUCUCCACCAUACUUUGCUGCCAUUUGUGAAAAGUCCAAUGCCUGAACCGGGGGGUGUAAUUUGCGACAUGUGUGGGAAGCUUAUCAAGAUAUCUUUCUAUUUCAAAUGCACCUCAUGUCCUUUUGACCUCUGCGUAGGAUGCUACGAUUUAUCAUCACAGCUACUCAAAAGAAGACACGGGUGAAAAAGGUGCGCUUCCUGAGAGCGAGGCGAGGACAGAGAAGAUUUCUGGAAACAAGCUGAUAUGUGAGUGUCCCUAUCUGAACCCAAAAAGGGAGGGAUAAAUUCAGUAUCUCUAUCAAGACUUUCCAAUGGUAGUGGAGUCGUCUUAGUGGAUUUGUGGUUUUCAUAUUAUUAUUGUUAUUUGUUCUUAAACAAAUAUUAUUGUACUCGAUGUCCCAUUUGUUUACAACAUUCACAUGUUUGGAUUUUGGCAUUAUUUUGAUUACGUAUC